CUCCGCGUACCCUGUGUCAGUCCGCUGCGAUUUCGCCGCCCGUGUGUCGCCUACGGCCUACGGGCAAGAGUGGAGGCGAUUUGGGGCAGGUGGUGAAGCCACCGACGGUGGCGUCUUCCCUGCCGUCAAGCGAGGGCGGUGGCGGCGGCACAGUACGACAUGGAAUCCAGAUGGGUUAUACCGCUUGUGGUUAUUUUGCUUGCAUUGCAAAUUCACCCCGUUCGCUGUCGGCAAGAGCCAGCGCUUUCACCGUGUAACUCCACACUUGUUAUUGCCAAGUACCCCUGUGAUAACACCACCAUAGUUUGCUCCCGAAUGGAAUCCACGAAGGACCAGCUUGUCCCUUGGCUAUCUUUCACUGUGUCCUUCGUAAUAUUAUUCUGCCCAUUCUUGCGUAUCAAAGAGUUGAAGCCCAAUCCACGAACUGAUGCGCAAACCUUCUUUUGGUGGUUUUUGUUUGUUGGUUUUCUGGAUUAUAUUCUCUGGAUCUGGUAUUUUGAGGAAUGCUCUGAUCCACAUUAUUCAGCAUAUCCUGUGUUACUGACCUGCUGUUUUGGGUGCGGUAUACACCUGAUCUUCUCUCUUAUAGCUACAGUAAUGACUUGGAAUUCUGGGGAUCAGCGAGUACGAUGGGGCAUUAUACUUACAUUCUUGGUCUUUGUCGGUGGUGGAAUUUUUCAUAAAAUACAAAGACAAGCCCUUGGCUGGAUGGGAGUAGCACUAAGUGUGCUGUCUCAUUCUUUCCGUAUUGGAUCAACGGUGUACUACGCCAAGAUUAAUCGGUAUCUGUUUGUUGCCUCCAUGGUGGGGUCAGUAAAUGGAUUCUUGUGGCUUAUCCAUCCUCAGCUAUGCAUUUCAAAGGAAUACAAGAAUUAUGUCACCAUCUCCUUGAUGGUAACCGGUGACCCCCCAACUUCGUGGCGUAUUAAGAUGAAUUCGUUGGUGAUUAAAGUGGUGAUUUAGAUUGAAACACACUUAUCACCAAAUCUUGUUUCACUGGAUCAAUGUGCAAGAAAGAGAUAUAUUCAAGUGUAACUAGCUCGGUGCUCGUGGUUGCUACGGAAUCACAAAUAAGCUGAGUUAGACACGUGGCAUGGAAGAUCAAUGGAAAAGCAUAAGUGUAGUAUGACCGCUUCAUGGGUACAAUGAAAAAAAAGAGACAAGGAGGCAGUUCCAGGCAGUGACUAAAACAAUCAUGGGUAGGGUUUGAAGAUUUAAAUCUACAUGAAACUAAAAUUUUGAGAUGCUGAAGGAUAGGCACAUGGAAGAAAUACGACGCAAGGAAAACGAUUGGGAAAGAAGGAAGGUAGGCCCAACAAGAAUGAAGAGUGAGGAGUGAAAUCACCCCCAGUUCCAGUCUUUAUAAGUAGGAAAGACAAUUAUUGCUAAGAACUCAUUUUUAUUUUUGUAUAUGAUGAUGUAAUCAUUAAAUUAGCUUGACCUUAUGAAUCUGCUUCAUGUUUA